CGGGAGCGCUACGGCCUCCCUGCCGCCGCCGUCGCCAUGGCCGCGCCGGCCCCGGGCCUCAUCUCGGUCUUUUCGAGCCCGCAGGAGUUGGGCGCGUCGCUAGCGCAGCUGGUGGCUCAGCGGGCAGCGUGCUGCCUGGCGGGGGCCCGCGCCCGCUUCGCGCUCGGCCUGUCGGGCGGCAGCCUGGUCUCCAUGCUAGCCCGCGAGCUGCCCGCCGCCGCCGCCCCUGCCGGGCCCGCCGGCCUCGCGCGCUGGACGCUGGGCUUCUGCGACGAGCGCCUCGUACCCUUCGAGCACGCCGAGAGCACGUACGGCCUGUACCGGACGCACCUGCUCUCCAGGCUGCCCAUCCCAGACUGCCAGGUGAUCACCAUUAACCCUGAGCUGCCCGUGGAGGAGGCGGCUGAGGACUAUGCCAAGAAGCUGAGACAGGCCUUCCAAGGGGACUCCAUCCCGGUUUUCGACCUGCUGAUCCUGGGAGUGGGCCCGGACGGCCACACCUGCUCACUCUUCCCAGACCACCCCCUUCUGCAGGAGCGAGAGAAAAUUGUGGCCCCCAUCAGUGACUCUCCAAAGCCACCUCCACAGCGUGUGACCCUCACACUACCUGUCCUGAAUGCAGCCAGAACUGUCAUCUUUGUGGCAACUGGAGAAGGCAAGGCAGCUGUUUUAAAGCGCAUUUUGGAGGACAAGGAAGCAAACCCGCUCCCCGCGGCCCUGGUCCAGCCCCACACCGGGAAGCUCUGCUGGUUUCUGGACGAGGCGGCUGCCAGGCUCCUCACGGUGCCCUUUGAGAAGCAUUCCACCUUGUAGCUGUCCGCCAGGGGGACGCGGCAGCUGGGACCACGCACGGCCUGAGGGGCUGGGCCCCUGCUGGCCGCCCGGUGCUGCUGGGAGCGGACAGAGUCCGGCCUCCAGCCCCGCCCUGGGGGCUCGGCCUGUGGGCGACCUGCAUAUUAAAAAGGCGUGUUG